AUGCACGCCCCCGGCUCGUCGACCACGUCGUCGUCCGAAGAUGAGUGGGCGUUGCGCGCUACCUUGCGCCUCUGCGGCAGCGUUCCUCCUCCCACAUACGCGGACCUCCGCACGACCGCCCACCUGCAAACGUUCGACGUGCGCGACGGCAGCGCAGCGCUCUGGAGCGACAGCGGCAAGCUCUUCCUCGUCGACGUGUUCCCGCAGAGCCACGCCAGGUCAAAGAAGACGCCACUACUGAGACACGUGCUUCUCGAUCCGCCGCUAUUGCCUCACGAAGCAUCCGAAGUGGAGCAGAUCAAGUUCAACACCAGUGGUUCGCAAGUUCUGCUGCUGGCCAAGAGCUGGCUCAAGGUGUUGCGGCUGCCGGUUGAUACCAAGCGCAAGGCGUUGAGUCUACAGCGCAGAUCAGGGGAUGGAAGCACGCUCAGGUACCUCGUUAGGUACGAGGAUGGAAGUGAAGAAGGCGUUGUUCUGGAGGAAGACGAGCUACAGGAUCUAGAUGACGUACGAGAGCAGAUCGAACGGCGUGCUGCUGCGGAUAAGCGCGUGGCGUUCAUCUCUCGGGAACAGGGUGUAGCAGGCGUGCGAGCGGUCGGGUACUUUACCAGCGUGUGUCACGCGGCGUGGCAUCCGCUAAGCGACACGCACGUCGUCGUGCUGUCAGAUGCAGAGGAGAUCGAGGUGUUUAACUCGCAGCAGGACGUGUCCAAGCCGGAACAACGUCACUGUCUGGAUUUUCCUGCGAAGGCACGGGCGACCAGAGCGGUCUCGGUGUGCUUCAGCUUCGGUGCUUCCGCUAACCUUCGACAGCACCAAGCCGUGCAGACGCAAGCCGUGCAGAUCUGGGAUGCGUUCACGUGCUAUGUGCUGCGAUCGGACGGCGCGGUGUACGCACUUUGCCCGUUGGUACCUUACAAUUGCAUUGUGAGCAAGACGUUUUAUCAGAGUUUGGCCAGCGAAGUGGAUGCGCAGAUUGCGAUCUGCAAGAAGGAUAUGAAAGCUAACAGCACCAGUGGACAGCAGACUCGCCUCCUUCUGUUAAAGUCACAGAAAUACUGGCUGCAGGAAGGGUGGGCGCAAGCGAACACGCGACGCAAUAGCCUCCCACCUGGUGGACGAGCACGGCUUGUCCCUGCUGAAAAGGACGCUGUCGAUCUUGAUGCGUUCUGCUACGUGAGCCCUCAUGUGAGCGGCAUCUCGCCAAACACGUGGCCGCUGGCUUUACAAGGACCCAUGGACGUGACCCCUCAGUCAAUUGUCGAAGGCAAAAACCAAGUGUCAGGAGGGUCUUCUGCGACGUCACUGCUUGCGGUACCCCAUGCUUCAUGCAACACUGCCGAUAAUCUUUCUGCCAGCACAUCACCCUUCCUGAUGCGUACAUUUACGUCAGGCCACGUGGAGCUGAUUCUGCUAGACGCGCCUAUCCGACCGCAGUGGAAAAGCCAACGCCAGCCAACAGCAGCCACGACCGUGCGCAACCCCACAGCACUACUGUUGGAGUGUCUUAACCUCGGUAUCGACGAUUCUGGUGGUAAGGCUGUGCUUGAGCGGGACGCGGCUGACCCGCGACUGGUCUAUUGCCUGCACUCGACCGGCGUGCAUGUGAUCAACGUCAGUUGGGUCUUCGCGCUCGCCUCGGGCAAGCAGUUCACGACGUUGCCGAAAAGCUCCGUCCGUCACGUCUUCAGCGUGUCACCGAACAGCACGGGUUCUUCGCGGGUUGCACCUGCUGUCCCUGGUACUGUGGUUUCGAAUGUUGUUGGUGCACGUGUUGUAAAGAACGUGAAUUUCGGGCACUUGCUGCUGCUCCGCCUCGCGUCGGGCAGCUUUGAAGUCGUGAACGUUAGUGCGGCGUCGAGUGAGCUACUGAAAGGAAUGCUUGCGGACAGCCAUAGCGCCAACAGAGAUGGGCAGAGUCCACAAAAGACGUUGCCCGGCACGUUGGCAUCCAUGGCGAAUUCCAAGUCACGGGCUCCAGUGACGAGCAGCUCAAGCGAUGGCAGGAUCCAGCCAUUCGGAGAUAUCGUUGCAGCAAAGUUGGAGGCUCUUAGUGCGCGUGGAACCAGGGUUACCGGCCACACGUUGAUGCACGAGAUCGACGACGCAGUGCUUGCGUUUGUGCUGGAGCGCGUGAAGAUCUUGUACGAGGACGUCGAGUACGUCGACGAGAUGGAUCAGCUCAUCCGUGACCGACUCCAGUUGCAUGCCACGAUGGUAAAGACGCAGACCGAGAAACUGCUGCAUGUGCAGGAAACCGUGGACGACGCUCGUGCAUUUAUGAAGGAGCUUCAAGGGAAAGCGGAGCGCGCGCUGGCGGUACAACAGAACCUCAGCAAGCGGGCAGCAGCUGUGCUUCAAGCAGUGAAGGAGAACCAGCCACAUUUGUCGCGUGCCGAGCGCGAGUUUAACGAUGAGCUUGAGCUGAUGGCUGUGGAGGUUCGUCGGAUGAAGUCUCGCGUUGCUGAGUUGACGGUGCAGGGUCAGCGUGCAGUGCGAUCCCUGGAGAGCUCGGGCACUUCGGCGCCUCCUUCGGGUCGAUAUUAUAGUCCGCUCAGUGGCACCGGGAGCAGCCAAUCUUCGGUGCUUUCGGCCGAGAAGAAACAAAUGUGCUUCGAUGUGCUGCGCGCGGAGACGCAGUUGAUUGACGAUGCAAAGGCGAUGCUGGAAGAUCUGAGUGCGAGUCUGCAGCAAACGAAGGAGCGCCCCGUCGCUCUUCCCAAACUGACCCGAUAUCAAGUCAGCCGCGCAUUCGGGAGCUCGCCCAGUCGACAAGUUCCCCCUCGAAUGGAAAGUGACUGGAGGACAAUCCGUCACUCCGAGUUCUGCCCCCGCGUUUCUGUCCGCUCGAAAGCUGCUGCUGCUGCUGCAGCAUUUCGUCCUCCGCGUGACUUCGUUGUCGAGUGCCGUUCGACUGUGCCUGCACGUGGUUUCACUUUCUCGACCUAG